AUGAGUGGACCUAGGUUGGCAAACUAUAAACAAAGCUACAGCCAGCUUAUAAGAAAUGAGAGAGGAGUUAUAACCAAGAAGGAACUGGGAAGCAUGAUCCGAUCUCUGGGUGAGAUUCCUACAGAAAGGGAACUGGAGGAAAUUUUCAAGGCCUCGGAUGUGGACGGCAAUGGCGAGGUCGACUUCAAGGACUACUGUUUUGUAAUGGCGCGUUUCGAAAAUGAGGAAGAGCGAGAGAUGUGCCAGCUAUUCAAAAUGUUCGACAGAGACUGCGACGGUUUCAUUACUGAAAGCGAUCUGAUUCAGUUGAUACAGAUCACGGACUUCCAGAGCGACAAAAAGAUCAUUAUGCACAUGAUCAGGGACCGAUAUUUUGACGGAGAUGGUCGCAUAAGUUUCACCGAGUUCAUGGCUAUGAUAAAAAGAACCUUUGCCUAA